AUGAAGCGUGGCUUGGUAAACUUUUCUCGGCCGCUUAUGUAUAUCCCGAACCUGGCCAUCCACUUAACUUCUGACGUGGAUAAGUUUGAGUGCAAUAAGGAGGAGGAAUUGAAGCCAAUUUUAGCGACUUUGGCUGCAAAUCAGUUGAAUGAUAAUCUUGAGGAUGUUGGUGAUCAGGCAAGUACAGAUCGGUUGAACCCACACUCUAUACUGGAAGAGCACCACUCGUCUCUGCUGAAGUUGUUGAGCGAAGAAACCGGUUGUGAUCCUUCGUGUAUUCUCGACUUUGACCUAUACCUUUAUGACAGUCAGCCGGCCGCAAUUGGCGGUAUUCAUCAAGAAUUUAUAAGCUCACAAAGAUUAGAUAAUUUGGUGGGCACUUACACCACUGUUUCUGGAUUGUUGGAGAGUUUACGAAUUAGCAGCUUAGCUGAGGAAGAAAAUAUUCGUUUUGCUGCGUGCUUUGAUAAUGAAGAAGUGCCGUAUUUCUUAAUUUCACUUUUUUUUACACCGGUCAGAUUUCAGGUUGGUAGCGGUUCGGCGCAGGGAGCGGAGUCAGCACUGUGUGAGUGGAUUAUGCGAAGGUUAUCUGCUUCUAAUUCGCAAAGCAGUUUUGAAGAAGCAAUAGCUAAUUCGUACCUACUUAGCGUGGAUAACGCGCAUGCUGUCCAUCCUAAUUAUGCUAAUAAGCAUGAGAGAAAUCACAAACCUACUCUUGACGGUGGUGUUGUUGUUAAAGUCAAUGUUAAUCAGAGGUAUGCUACGACUUCUACCACACAUGCAAUCAUUAAACAUAUAGCAUCUACAGCUGGAGAGCCCCUCCAGAAAGUAGUUGUGCGAAACGAUAUGCGUUGCGGCACAACUGUUGGUCCAAUACUGGCAUCCAAACUUGGUAUACAGACAGUGGAUGUGGGAUGCCCACAACUUGCUAUGCAUUCAGUUCGGGAGCUGAUGCACGUCAAUAGCAUUUGUCAAGCUAUAAAACUGUAUUCGGUGUGUUUUGCAAAAUUUCAAACUUUAAAGUUAAAGUUAUCUGACUGUUUUAAAGGUUGUACCACGGCAAGUUAUGAGACUGCGAGUGCAGCGCCAUCUUUCUUUUCACGAUCGAAAUGUCAGUCAGGUACGGGAACUAAUCGGAAGGAGAUG